AACGCUUAUUUUAAUUCCAAAGUUGUCAGCUCUACUUCAUUUCAACAUAUAAAUGUAAUAACAAUAUCCUGAUCAUUUUACACAUUAUUAUGCACUGAAUCUGUAUUUUGAUAUAGAUUACAAAACGAUUACGAAGAGAACAUGCAGCGUUAUCUUUAUUGUCAAUAAGGGAGACCUCUGGAUGCCUAUAAGUGCCGGGUAACUGAAGACCUUGUCGGAGUGGCGAGGUCAGUGACAGGCGGCUUUGGGACCAUCUAGGUGUUGCGCACAUACCAAACCAAAAAAGAUCAAGCAAACUCCUUCACUGCAGUUUAGACAAAUGUAACAUACACUACAGAAUCUGAAACGCAACAGGGAAUACACGUAUGUGCCGAUUUAAAUUUUAUUUCACAAGAUAAAAAGGGACAUUUUUGCAGACACAUCCAAGAAAUUACCAACGAAACCAUCUUACUUUUAAAGGGAACGCGUAGCAUAGUACACAAUCUAUUCACUUUAUAUCGAAGCCGCAUUUGUUUCUUAGACCAGUGCGUGAAGUAACAAAGGUCGAUGAGGCUGGAAUCAGGAAAAAUGGACUUUCUGAAGAAGCUCUGGAUCGCUCGCAAACUGAUUCUGGUGGUCCUGAUCCCUCUGUCCCUGCUCCCGUUGCCUCUCAUCCACCCCACCAGCGAGGCAUCAUGCGCAUACGUGCUGAUUGUGACAGCGGUGUACUGGGUGUCGGAGGCCGUGCCCUUGGGUGCUGCCGCCCUGGUGCCCGCAUUCCUCUAUCCGCUGUUCGGGGUCCUCAAGUCAAGCGAGGUCGCAGCAGAGUACUGCAAGGACACAACACUGCUGCUGAUGGGGGUGAUCUGCCUGGCCGCCUCCAUCGAGAAGUGGAACUUGCACAAACGCAUCGCCCUGCGGAUGGUCAUGAUAGCAGGGGCCAAGCCGGGCAUGCUGGUGCUCGGCUUCAUGUGCUGCACCGUCUUCCUGUCCAUGUGGCUGAGCAAUACCUCCACCACAGCCAUGGUCAUGCCCAUCGCCGAGGCCGUCCUGCAACAGCUCAUCAGCACCGGCGUGGCCGACACCCAGGAGGACGAUGAGAACAUUGAGGUCCCCGAGGAGGUCAGCGACAAGGAAGAAAAUCUCGACAAGAACCAGCUUGAGCUCCUAUAUCGCAGAGAGAGCUAUGUGAAAAAGGAGCUCUCCACCCUGGGAGAGGAGUCCAAUGGUUUAGCCCUGAAGCUCAGCGCAAGACAAGAGUUUCUCAAGAAAAAUAAUGGAUACCUUCCCCAGACAGCUGUCAACAUCACAGAAUCCCAGCAGCCCACGGAUCAAAACCCGUCGAGAUAUCCUACCAAGCGCGACCACAUGAUCUGCAAGUGCCUCUCCCUCAGCAUCACAUAUGCCGCCACCAUCGGAGGCCUGAUCACCAUCACGGGCACCUCCACCAACCUCAUCUUCGCUGAGCAGUUCAACAGCCGCUACCCAGAUGCGAAAGUCAUCAACUUCGGCACCUGGUUUAUCUUCAGCUUGCCGAUCUCCAUCAUCAUGCUGAUACUGACCUGGGUUUGGCUUCACUGCUUGUUCUUGGGCUGCAAUUUCAAGGAAACAUGCUCCCUCAGCAAGAAGCGGAAGACGCGGAGGGAGGAGCUGUCUGAGAAACGCAUUCAGGAGGAGUACACCAAGCUGGGACCCAUUAGCUACCCUGAAGUGGUGACGGGCAUCUUCUUCAUCCUUAUGACCCUGCUGUGGUUCACCCGGGAGCCGGGCUUUGUGCCAGGUUGGACAUCGCUCUUCGAGAAGAAAGGCUACCGGACUGAUGCCACUAUUUCUGUGCUCCUGGGCUUCUUGCUGUUCCUCAUACCAGCUCGUAAACCUUGGCCAUCAGCCUCCUCAGACAAGGCAACAGAUAAAAAUUCAGUGAAGGAGGUCAACCCUGACCCUCUCGCCCCGAUGAUCACAUGGAAGGAUUUCCAAAGCCUGAUGCCCUGGGAGAUUGUGAUCCUCGUUGGUGGAGGCUAUGCCCUAGCAGCCGGCUGCAAGGUAUCAGGGCUGUCAGUCUGGAUUGGGCGGCAGCUAGAGCCCAUGAGCGGCCUGCCACCCUGGGCGGUGACCCUCCUGGCGUGCCUGCUGGUCUCCGGUGUCACGGAGUUCGCAAGCAACCCUGCCACACUCACCGUCUUCCUGCCCAUACUCUCCACACUGUCGGAAACCCUGCACAUAAACCCGCUCCACACACUAAUUCCCUGCACCAUGUGUGUGUCGUUCGGGGUCAUGCUGCCAGUGGGAAACCCCCCCAACGCCAUUGUCUUCAGUUACGGACACGUGCAGAUUAGCGAUAUGGUGAAGGCUGGCUUCGGGGUUAACCUGAUCGGGGUGAUGGUUGUGAUGCUGGCCAUCAUGACCUGGGGAGGCCCCCUUUUCCAGCUAACGGAGUUUCCAGACUGGGUGAUCAUGAGAAAUAUCACUAGGAGUUUAUAGCCACAAGGGGGCGCAAGAAGUCAAAGAGGAAAACGGUCUGCUGGAAUUCAUAACGCGGCCUCUGAAAGAUGACCCUGUAAUGAACAGGACUGCAAAAGCUCAUAACCUGACAAAAAUUGUAUGCCUUUUUCCAUAUGGAGUGACAGGGUGGGAAUAUAGAAUCAUAGGCAAUGAAAACACGCAGUGUUCAAAGUUGUAAUCAGAAGAGACCAGCUUUUAUAAUUAUAUGAAAGUCACAGAGAGGACUGAGUGCUCUGGAAAGUUACGCAAUACAUUAUUUUACCUCUUAAUGUACUUGUCAGAAAUGUCUUAUUUUAGUAUUGUUCACAUUUUUAAUCAUACACCAUACGUUUGUACGUAGUUACAUAACAUCUGUAAUAUUCCUGGCUUGUUGUGUCAAGUAAUAGAUAAACAUCCAUUUGUGUUUCUUUUUUUUUUAUCCAAGCAAAUAAACAUCAAAGAUUUGUUGUGUUGAAACAGGAUUAGGCAGAGAUCAGUUUCAGACUCAACCAAAAAUAAGCCACAUGGUGCAGUUAUAAGCAAACAAUCAUUAAUUAUUUAAAAUAACCCAUUGAACCUCUUGAGCUAGACAUAUAACAAAAAGUAAUGGUUACUAAACACUUACAAACUUAACAUCUAGAAUUUUCCACUGUUAUUGCAUGUACAUACAUAUUAAGAUUUUAAGAAUUUAACUAAAAAAUAUGAAUUAUCUUUUGUACUUUUUGGCAGUAUUACAAAAUGUAUAUAGCAAAAACAACUGGAAAUGAAUACAAUACAUCGUAAUUUAUUAAAUGGGCACAGAUCCUUGCCCUGCAUAGAACAUGUACAAUGCUUUGGGAGUCAGACACAUCUAUGUAAAUACAUAAAACUGUUUACUGAAAUAGAGUUUUUUCACUUCAAAUUACUCCUAAAAAACCAUGAUGCUACACACAUAUAAAUAUGCACAGGAGACACUGGUGAUACUGGUGACUUCAUAAUAAAAGUGGACAAAAGCAACAUCUUUUGGUGUGAUUCCUUUUUUAUCAUUGAACCUGACCUGGACAGUAAAGCGAGUAUUUCAGCAACAUGUGGCUUGCAGGCUAGUUUCCUCUGGUAGGUACAUUUAUAAGAAGCAGAAUUAACUUCGGCUAAUACGUAGCAGCCUUCAAUAUCUCUUUUGGCCUGGCAGAAAAACACUUGGGAAAAAAAAGACAAAAUAAUAUGGUGAGUAUAAUUAAACUACGUCGUUCUCCCCAUAAAGGUCACAUCCCAAAACACCAAACCUGUUACACAAUAUGACAAUACCCAUAGCCAGUAAACUGUAAGCCACAAGAGGUGUGUGUGCAUAUGUUAUAAAUAAACUGCAUAAUCAUCUUUCAGUCAAGGGUGGUAGACCUGGUCUCUAGAAAUAAUUUCAUUAAAUAAUGAUAAUGGACCGUAACCUCUCAUUCUGUCCAUGCGGAUCUUCAAAUUCAUCCCUUAAUUUCAUAUCCGGGUCAAAAUUACAAAGGGAAGGCAGGAGUUUAGCCUACGAAGCUUAUAGCGCCGGGCAGGGGUGCUGCCUUGAUGGGGCGGCACGCGAUAUGGGCAAUUCAGAGAUAUGUUGUUUUUUGUAAAUCCCUUUUUAAUUUGAACCAUUUAUUGAUGGAUUAAUAUUUCAUAUAUACAUUAUUUGUAUGAUUGCUCUUUUAAUUGCACAAUUAGUUAUUAAUUAUUGAAAUGCUGUGUUACUAUUUCCGUGACACCGGUGGUCCUCCAUACACAACAAGCCAAGUAGGGGGAAUGCACUUUCCUGUUUUUCAUUUACAGGCCAAGAGAUUUUUUACAACAGGACCUCUCCCAGUUGUCUCCAUUAUGUCUGUAUAUGGCCAGCAGAUGUCGCUGGCCAUCUCGUUUUCUUCCCAAUUCCUUGUCAUGAUGUAGUAAUUAAUUGACUCACUGUUUGUCCCUGUUCCAACCACAUUAUCUGUGUAUAUAAGGACCUUGCUUGCAGUUGGGAUGGCUGAGCGGUCUAAGGUGCUGUGUUCAGGUCACAGUCUCUUCUGGAGGUGUGGGUUUGAAUCCCACUUCUGACAUUUCUGGUGGGCAGUGUGUGGCUCAGUGGUUCAAACCCAGCUUCAGCAUGUCUGUGGGUCCAUGAGCAAGGCCCUUAGCCCCCAACUCCCUGGGUGCUGCUAUGGGUGGCUGUCCUUUGCAGACAGCUUACUCUACAAAGAACAAGUUGAGGGAGGUGUAAAGACAAUUUCCCCAUGGGCAUUAAUAAAGUGAUGAUUAUUAUUUCUCUGUUGGUCAUUCUGAGUGCUCUUAGUUUCUGCUACUGGUUCACUUGUUUUCCACAUAAAUGUUCCUUUGUUACUAUUUGCCCUACCUAACCCUGU